AUGGUGUGUGUGUGCGCGCCUCGUCCACCUGCCGCUCUGUGUAUGUGUAUGAGUGUGUGCGCGCAGCUGUGCGCGAGCGAGGCUUUUGGUGUGUGUGUGAUGGGGGCGUGACUGUUAGGACAAAAAAAAGCAUGUUUUGAAACUUUGUUCGUCCACCUAAUAACAAUUUAGUCUCAUCUCGUUCUCGUCUGACGAAAAUGAAUACAACUUUCGUCACAUUUUAGUCUUUACAGAGCUUUGGUGACGUUCGUCUUGGUCUCAUUUUCGUCAAGGAAAAAAGGGGUCUGACGUCGUCAUUUAAGUUUUCGUCCUGCCUGAUGAAAUCAACACUGCUAAUACACAAACGAAUCAGAUUUAUUCCAGAACAAAUAAUAUCUGAUCCUGGAGGCCGAUAUGUCAUAGUUUCAGGUGCACUUCAUGAAACACCAGUUGUACUGUGUAAUGUCUAUGCGCCCAAUUUUGACAAUCCUAAUUUUGUUUCGUCAUUGAUUUCUCGUUUGCCAAAUUUAGACACUCACCACUUAAUUCUCGGUGGUGAUCACAAUUGUGUGGUUAACCCACGCUCGUACUCUAAAUCCUUUACUCCAACUGCUAUGACUAGAACUCUUUCGGACCUUAUGGCUCACUUAGGCUGUGUUGACCCUUGGCGCUUUUCUCAUCCUACUGCUAAAGAUUUUUCAUAUUUUUCCACCGUUCAUCAGGUAUAUUCCCGGAUAGAUUUUUUUUUUAUCGAUAAAGCUCUCCUCUCCUCCGUCAAAUCAUCAGAAUAUACAGCAAUUGUAAUCUCUGAUCACGCUCCACAUAUAUUAGAUCUUAAUCUUCUUCCACGCCCGCCUAGACAUCAAGGAGGAUGGAAACUAAACCCAGGAUUACUGGCUAACCCAGAGUUUUGUGAAUAUGUGUCUAAUGAUAUUACCUUUUUCUUAGAAACUAAUAGAUCUGACCAGGUAUCCCCAUCUCUUCUUUGGGAGACUUUCAAAGCUUUUAUCCGUGGUCGUAUUAUUUCCUUCAACGCACACUUAUCUAUAAAGAGGAGAGAGAGGCAGCAACAGCUUCUGGAUGCCAUUCUAGAUGUGGACAGGGAACAGGCCACCUCACCGAGCCCUGAUCUGGCAAUCAAACGCAUACAGCUACAAGUUGAGUUUGAUUUGUUAACAACAGGUAAAGUAUCAGUUACAACGGACCAGAGCCACAUAUUAUGAACACGGAGACAGAUCGAGUCGUCUUUUAGCUUCCCAGUUAAAGCAUCAAACAUCUUCGCAUUUGAUAGCACAAACAUAUGAUUCAUCCCAUAAUCUAACUACUGAUCCUGAUCAAAUCAAUUCAGCGUUUUCUUCUUACUACUCAGAUCUAUACAAAUCACAACCUCCCUCCGACUUCUCAACCAUGGACUCCUUUCUCAAUAAUCUGGAAAUACCAACAAUAACAGAAUCCAUAGCUCAACGCUUAGAUAUGCCACUUUCUUUAGAGGAAGUAACCUCUUGCAUACAACAGAUGCAGAGUAAUAAAGCCCCAGGCCCAGAUGGCUUCCCCGGUUGCUUCUAUAAGAAGUUUAUUACACUACUCGCUCCUUUACUUUUAGACGUUUUUAAUCAUUCAUUGGAGCAAGGCGUAUUACCACCUACUGACAACCCCACAUUGACAACCCCACCUGCAAACAAGCAUCUGAUUUCCUGGAUCUGCUCGACACCCUCAAUCUCACCCAGCAUGUGCACUCCCCCACCCACUCCCAUGGCCACACCCUCGACCUCGUCUGCUCCACCGGCAUCUCCAUCCACCAUCUCUCCACCACCAACCUCUAUAUCUCUGAUCACCUGGCUGUCACUUUCAACGUCGACCCCCCCCCUCUGCCUCACAGUGAAAAACGUCAAAUUACCUUCAGAAACCUCAAAUCCAUCUCACCACAGGACCUCUCCGCUUCCCUAUCUGCCACCCUCACUGCAUCCCCUCCCACACCAUCUGCUAAACUUCCUGACCUACUCAACUACUACAACAACACUCUAUCCUCCUGCCUGGACCAGCUCGCACCUCUCAAAACAAAAACAGUUUCAUUCAGACACUCUGCCCCCUGGUAUACUUCAGAACUACACAAAAUGAAAUCCCAUAAACGCCAACUGGAACGUCUAUACCGCAAAACCGGCUUCACUGUCCAUCUCCAAGCCUACACCGACCACCUCCACCUAUACAGAACAGCCCUCAAAUCCGCCCGCUCAUCCUAUUACUCCAACCUCAUCAACUCCGGCUCCAGUAACCAAAAGGCUCUUUUCUCCACCGUCAAAAAACUGCUCCACCCCAUAGACAGUACCUCCAUCACCUUCACCCCGGAAAAAUGCAACACAUUCCUCUCCUCUUUUCAAACCAAAAUCAACGCAAUCUAUAACUCCCUUCCCCCACCCUCCAUUCCCUGCUCCUCCCCUCCUCCCCUCAUCCCAUCAGCACUCUCCUGCUUCUCACCUGUCUCCUCAACCGACGUGACUAAUAUCAUCUGCUCCAUGUCUUCAUCCACCUGUAUCCUGGAUCCCAUUCCAUCCUCCCUCAUCAAGCACUGCCUCCCUGUCAUCUCCCCCAUCAUAACACAGAUCAUCAACUCCUCCCUCAACUCCGCCACUGUUCCCCCGUCACUCAAACUGGCUGCUGUCACCCCCAUCCUCAAAAAACCUGGACUCAACCCCGAUGACAUCAGUAACUUCCGGCCCAUCUCCAACCUCCCUUUUCUGUCAAAAAUCCUCGAACGUGUCAUCGCAUCACAAAUCAAAACCCACCUCAACAAUAACAACCUAUACGAACAGUUUCAAUCAGGAUUCCGCACCCACCACAGCACCGAAACUGCCCUCAUAAAAGUGACAAAUGACAUCCUCAUCUCUGCUGAUUCUGGCCAACUCUCCAUCCUCAUCCUCCUCGACCUCUUCGCUGCUUUCGACACCAUCAACCAUGCCAUCCUUCUGUCCCGCCUACACUCCCUCCUCAAUAUCACAGACACCGCUCUUAACUGGAUCCACUCUUACCUCACAGACCGGAAUCACUUCAUCCAUAUUAACAACUGCUCCUCCACAACCGCCCCUGUGUCCCAAGGUGUCCCCCAGGGCUCGGUGCUUGGUCCCCUCCUCUUCAUCAUCUACCUCCUCCCUCUUGGCCACAUCCUCCGUCAACACAACCUCCACUUCCACUGCUAUGCUGAUGACAUUCAAUUAUAUAUCUCUUCCAACUCCAUCACCCCCCAGACCCAACGCUCCCUCUCAAACUGCCUCUCUGACAUCAAACACUGGAUGGACAGCAAUCUUCUCAAGCUCAAUUAUGACAAAACAGAUCUCAUCAUCAUCGGCCCAAACUCCCUCACCUCCACAGUCACAAACUUUCAUCUCUCCAUCGACAACUCCAUCCUCUCCCCCUCCUCCCACUGUCGCAACCUUGGCAUUUUCUUCGACAGCAACCUCUCCUUCACCCACCACAUAAAGCAAAUCACUAAAACAGCCUACUUCCACCUCAAAAACAUCGCCCGCCUCCGCCCCUCCCUCUCCUACCCUGCAGCUGAAACCCUUAUACAUGCAUUCAUUUCAUCUCGUCUAGAUUACUGUAACAGUCUCUUUUAUGGCACCACCUCCACUCUCCUCAAUAAACUUCAGCUUAUCCAGAACUCAGCCGCCCACCUCCUCACCCACACACGCUCCCAUCAACACAUCACCCCCGUCCUCCAAAACCUUCACUGGCUCCGCAUACCCCAUCGCAUUCAAUACAAAAUCCUCCUCCUCACCCACAAAGCACUCCACAACCUCGCCCCCCCCUACCUACAGGAUCUUCUCCACCCCUACAUCCCCUCCCACACCCUCCGCUCCGCCAAUGCCAACCUCCUCACAGUUCCCCUGACCAAGCACCGAACCUGGGGGGACAGAGCCUUCUCAGUCGCCGCCCCCAACCUCUGGAACUCACUCCCACUCGAACUCAGAAACUGCACCGACCUCACCAGAUUCAAGACCCUUCUCAAAACUCACCUCUUCCGCACUGCCUUUCAUCCUUCCUAGCCCCCCCCCCCCAUUGGAUUUUACCUGAUUCUACAUGUUUUUAUUGACAUUGUCGUAAAUUUUUAUUACUUAUUGAUGCGUGUUUUAUUGUUAUUUAGAUUUUACCCGAUUCUACAUGUUUUUAUUAUACUGCCGUAAAUUUUAUUACUUAUUGAUGUGUGUUUUUAUUGCUUAACUCUGUACAGCGUCUUUGUGUUUUUUGAAAAGCGCUCUACAAAUAAAAUGUAUUAUUAUUAUUACUUUAAAUCAAGCAUUAAUAUCUGUAAUUCUGAAGAAAGACAAAGACCCCAGACUAUGCAGCAGCUAUAGGCCCAUUAGUUUGUUAAAUAACAAUGUUAAAAUCUUAGCUAAGGUGUUGGCCACCAGGCUUGAUCCAUGUCUUUCCAGUGUGAUCUCCCAGGAUCAAACAGGGUUUGUCACGGGUCGCCAGUUACCAUUCAGCAUACGCAGACUCUUGAAUGCUGUUCUGUCUCCCUCUACUACACAGGUGCCAGAGAUAAUCAUAUCAUUAGACGCAGAAAACGCAUUCGAUCGUGUUGAAUGGCCAUACUUAUUUUCUGUACUACAAAGAUUUGGCUUCGGUUCAAAAUUUAUUUCCUGGGUUCGGCUUUUAUAUUCUGCUCCGCUAGCUAGUGUUAAAACCAAUAAUAAUAUAUCCCGACCAUUUGCCUUAACACGAGGCACACGCCAAGGCUGCCCUCUGUCACCUUUAUUAUUUGCGUUAAUUAUAGAACCACUGUCUAUCGCUUUGAAAAGCUCCACUUUAUUCGCAGGCAUUCAAAGAGGAGGGGCCGAACACAAGGUGGCGUUAUACGCAGAUGACUUGCUUUUGUUUGUUCAGAAUCCAGUUAACUGCGUUAGCAAUAUUGUUAAUUUGCUAAAAACAUUUGGAGAAUUCUCCGGUUAUAAAUUAAACAUUCCAAAAAGCGUAUGCUUUCCUGUUAACAACCCGGCUAAAUCCAUCUCCAUUGGUACGCUCCCCUUCCACCUUUCUCAAGAUGGUUUUAAAUAUCUUGGUGUUGUUAUCUCCCAUACCCUUAACUCAAUACAUAAGGAGAACUAUGGUAAGCUAAUUGAUAAGAUCAAAACCGAUCUCAAAAGAUGGAAUAAACUACCUCUUUCUCUUGUGGGUCGGAUAGAAACAAUUAAAAUGAACAUUUUACCGCGUUUCCUUUUCCUCUUCCAGACCCUACCCCUUUAUUUGCCCAAGUCAUAUUUCAAAUCACUGGAAGCAAUUAUAUCAUCCUUUAUUUGGGCACGUAAGACACCAAGAAUUUCUAAGUCGGUUUUGCAGAGACCUAAACAGGAUGGCGGCUUUGCUAUGCCCAAUAUGUUGUUUUACUAUUGGGCUGCAAACCUCCAAAUGAUCAAGAAAUGGUAUCACUCUCCUCAGAUCAAUUGGUGUAAUAUGGAGGCAAAUUCUUGUAUUAAAUCUUCUCUCCCUGCCUUAUUUUUUGCCCCCUUACCAACCAAGUAUUCCCAAUAUACCAAUAACCCUGUCAUCCUCUCUUCGCUAAAAAUCUGGAACCAAAUUCGACAACACUUUAAGUUUAAAUCUCCCUCAGUUCUUAUCCCUAUCUGUAACAACCAUUUGUUUAUACCUUCUUCCCUAGACAGAACAUACACCAAGUGGAAGGAGAAGGGCUUAGUCUCUUUCGGCGACCUAUACAUUGAAGGAACUUUUAGCUGUAUGACGGACAUAGCCAUGACCUACGAUAUACAAAACAUGAGUUUGUUUAGAUUUUUUCAACUACGCAAUUUUGCCAAUACCCAUUUUUCAACUUUCCCAAGCCUACCGACAAAACAUAUUCUGGAAAUUAUAAUGGCCCCAUCUGAUACCUUUAAGAAUAUUUCUUCAAUUUACAGUAGCCUUAAUUCUUCCCAAGCAUCCUCAUUAAUCGAGUUGAAGGACACGUGGGAAGGGGAACUUGGGAUCAACCUGGGGGAGGAUUUGUGGAGUGAAGUGCUGCACAGAAUUAAUUCUUCCUGUGCAUGUGCCCGCAUGUGUCUUAUUCAAUUCAAAGUUGUACACAGGCUACACUGUACUAAGGCCAAGUUGAGCAGAAUGUUUCCCGAUGUUAGAGACUCUUGCACUAGAUGUCACCUGCAGAUCACACACAUACUUUUUUUUCUUGCCCAAAGCUUUCUUCUUUUUGGACACAUUUCUUUGAUACCAUUUCGGCGAUCCUUGGUGUAUCAGUUCUUCCAUGUCCACUAAUUGCCAUAUUUGGUGUGUCUCCUACGGUGGGUAGCUUAAACAGGUGUCAGAAAGAUUCGAUAGCAUUUACUUCUCUUAUAGCUAGACGACGCAUACUGCUCCAAUGGAAGAGCCCUAACCCCCCAUCCACGACAUCCUGGCUAAAAGAUUUGUCAUCAUUUCUUCACCUAGAGAAAAUUAAAUUCCCAAUUAAAGGCUCCUUGACUGGUUUCCAUAGAACUUGGGACCCAUUCCUCUCAUAUAUCAACUCCUUGACCUCAAUUGACUGAGCUCUUAGUAUUUUUUCCCCUCUUACUUUACUCUGUGGUAUUAUUAUCACCACUAUAAUUACUACUAUCAUUAUCAUAGUUAUUAUAUUCAUAUUUUUUAUUUUUAUUUUUUUUUUCCUUUUCUUUAUCUAAUCUUUUUUCAAUUCCUCUCCCCCCAGGGCGGGCGGGUGGGUGGGUGGGGUUGAUAGAUGUUGGGGUUUGCACAAUCUUGUCCCGUUUCCCUUACUGUAUUGUAUUGUGUAGUAUGUGUUUUGAGUGUUAUGUGUCUUGUAUGUUUAAAACUGGAAAUCCAAUAAAAACAUUAUUAAAAAAAAGAAAAGUGUGGUGUAUGAGAAGAUAAUUCAACAGUGGCAACAUCGAUGGGAGAGGGAGAAUAAAGGAAGACAUUUAUUUUCAAUAACUGGAGUUGUCUCCAAUUCUAUGGGUGUCGGUAAAGGGGCUGGGUGGAGGAGGAAGGAGGAAGUUACAUUUUCUAGGUUGAAGUUAGGUCACACACAGUUGAACAGUUCACUGUUUUUGAUUGGAAAACACCCAGACGGAUUGUGCUCUGUAUGCCAGGAGUCAGAGACAGUGCAACAUGUUUUUAUUUCUUGUAGUUGUUACAACUGGGAGAGGCAGGUACUGAUGGAAAAGAUGCGGGAAGUGGGGCUUAAGGAGAUGACAGUUGCAGCUCUCUUGGAGGCGGGGAGGAGGGGGAGAGGCAAACGCUGGCUGUUUGAGUUUUUAACCACCACAAAAUUGAUGCAAAGGAUAUAACUAUGUAGUGCUGUGAAGAUCCAGCAGGAGGCAGCAAUGCAACUAAUGGAUGCAAGCUGCCGUUAAAUAACAAAGAAGAAGAAGGUAACGCGGCUCCGCUGAUGUCUGUAUCAGCACACCUCCACCUUGCGAGAGAUCGAACGCCGACUUUGUUUUAUUACGAUUUUACCGAUUCAAAUGGAUUUUAUCCUUGCGUUAUUUCUGGUAAGUGACAUGCACCAUUUGGCUUUACUUUUGAAGUUGACUCUCCAUACGUUUUGCAUGUUAAAUUUUCAAAGUGCUACUUAUUUGUACACAGGUUGUUUGCGGGGGGCAACAAGCUAAGCUAACCAGCUAGCUAGUAACAACAUGGCCAGCUGCUUGGACGAUGUCGCCGUGUCCACUUUGAGGGGUAAUGCGUGGAAAUAUUUUUUAAACGUAUAAUGUCAGAUACGUGUGAUGCUUGCCCCUGGUUGUAGUGGGCAAAAACACAGAUUUACAAGUUUACGUUCCGUCGCAUGGAGGACGCUGUGUGAACUUGUAGAUGUGCGCACUUUUGUGCCCGCCAUAUUGCUGCUUCAGAACAAAAUGAUAACCACCACAACCUGUCACUUAUAUCAAGGGUUCUCAAACAUUAAAAAUUCAAAUUGACUCAAAUUGACCCAGCAACUAGGUGGCAAUAUUUGAUUUUAAUAUUGAAUUCAAACGAGACUCCCCACAAGUUAAAUAAACACAAGUACAUGUAUUUUCCUACAGCUGCAAACAUCAGUGAGGCUCUGAUGGGCACCCUGACUCGUGAGGACCUGAAGGAUCUUUUGCCAGGCCCAGAAAAUUUCUUGAGGAGGAAAGCAAUCUGGGAUUCAUGUCAUGGUGACGUUGAGGUCAGUCUACAAAAUUAAGUGACAACCUACUGUGCAUGACUUGAAUCCACACCACACCAAUAAUUUGCCAUGCAACUCAUCCAAAACUUAACAGAUUUAAGAUAUGUCACAUCAAUGCAACUGCCUUUGAGGAUCCUGGUUGCAAGUAGUUGCAUGGCAAAUCAUUGAUGAUUUGUAGUAGUAGUAGUAGUCUACUACUGUUCCAUGUUCUACUAGUAGAGCAUCUAAACCCUAAACUGUCCAAAUGGCAAGCCAUUUUUUGUAUGAUUGGCAUGAACGGUUUAUGGUUUAGUUGCUCUACUACUGUUCCAUGUUUAGAGCACGUUCUUGUGAUUCAUUUGGUGUAUUGGAUGUUGGCAUUUGAUGCACAAACCGUAGAGAAAAAUUACCUUGAAAAUGUUCUGAGCCUUCUGGAAAAAAGGGCAGAGAGGGAAAGGGGUUGAGAGUUCUAGUGAACCUUGGAUACGCUUCACUUACUUCUGACUUGAUGUGAAUCCCCUCUUAGAAUCAACACAGACAUUUAGGAACAGUGGCUAUGGCCUAAGAAAGUGGUCAAUUGUUAAACCAUUUUGGACAGAAAGUAAGUUCAAUUAAAGUGUUACAUAGGUACAGGUAGUUUAACUUUAGGAGGGAACAUCUUUGGCAUUCUCCAAGCCUGCCUAUAGAUGAAUGAAAAAUUUACUAGUUAACACAGGAAAAAAGGAAAUGUGUAUUUUGCCACUACUUCAUAAUCUUUUAUUUUUUAGGAACCCGGCCGAGAAGACUCGAUCAUUUCUACUCCCCCGCCACCCCUGUCACCCCUGCCACAGACCUCCACACUGGUUCAAGCAAUUGCCCCCCACUCAACCCCUGAAAAGGUUGUGAAGUUAUUCUUCCCAGAUUAUGUUGUCCACACAGACACCGAACUUGAACACGCCAGAAAAGAAUACUUUGAGUUGGCGAAGAAGGGUGAAGAGCAGAACUGCCAAAUGUCCAAGGACCUCAGAUGCCGGCUCAUCCGUAACACCAUGACCAGUAUGAUCGCAAUCCUGAGGGCAAAGGGGGAUGCUGAGUCUGACAGAUACCCAUCAAAGCCAGAGGUUAAAGCUAUGGCAAAAAGAAUAGUCCAGUACUACCCCAUGCUGCAGGACCUGGGCAAAAAGAACACAUGGGUAGGUGAAAUAUAUCAAGUUGACGAUUCAAGUGUUUAUAAUUUUAAAGGAGUAAUGAAUGCUUUUACUUUUGUGCUCUACAGGCUACUGUGUAUGGACAGCUCUUCCAAAGAUUGCAAAACGUGAGAUCCCCCCAAAAGACCUUUCCAGAUGGGAGACCUUCAAAGAAGCGCCAUCUCAAGCAAAAGAUGCCCCAUCCUGAGCAGACAAUUGACACAGAUGAAAUGGAAUCAACUCCGUCAAGUGACUCGACCAUCAUUCUAGACCCAUCCUCAGAAGAGAAUACAGCUACGGACUCUGCCAUUGAAGAAAGAGGUGGCCUUUAA